AUGUGCUAUAAAUGUAGAAAAUAUCAUCUUGGGUUGUGCUACGACGGCAUGAAAUCCUGCAACCUGAAGUACCAACAGUCCUGUGCCACUGAGAACGUUUAUAUACUGACAAGCAAAGGGCACAGUAUGUAUCAUUAUUCAAAACUGUCAUGUAUGCACAACUGUGAGGACAUCAACUUCUUGGGUAAUGAAAAGAGGACAGAGCUCAUCUGCUGCACACACAGCAGCUACUGCAACCUCCCUGAGGGGAACUAG